UUGAAGUUUUUGCAAUGACAAUUUUUGUGUUUUUGUUUUGUUUUUGGUUUUGAGAUUGAUGAAGAUCUACUUAGAUGUAACUAGUUUAUGUGGAACUGUACGUAUGUUCUUGAUUAUGGUUUUGCUUUUUGGUGUCAUGGGUCUUUGUCGAAUUAUGACACUUAAGUGAAAAUCUCACUUUUAUUUAUUAUUUUAUCUUUUUCAAAAUUUGGGUCACUGUUUAUGUUUAAAUUAUAUAGCUUCUCAGAGCUUAUUCAUAGACAGGUUUUAGAGGUGUUCUUGAGCUGAGUCAGCUGGAUCUGUAACUCGGAUCCUACAUUAUUUAUUGUACUUUUUUUCUUCGAUGGUCGGAUUAGGGUUUCAGCAUGAUAGACGUGGACAUGUGGUAUUGUGAUUCUCUAGCUGAAGUGGUGGUGAUGCUUUUACGUUUCGAUUUUUGAUCUAAAAAGCUUUACUGUUUUUUGGGUGUUCAUCAAGUUGAAGAUUACCGACAGCGAUAGGGAUUGCACUGUUUGUGAUAAAGUUUCGGAGCGGUGUGUGUAUGAAAUAAUUGUCGCUUUGGUAGGGAAGUCAGUACAGUGACUUGUUAUUUCAAAGUAAAACCUAUGACCCAAAACAACAAACAAUAAAACAAAACAAAAAAAGAAACAAGCAGUGGUAAUAAAUUCGAAACAAGAUAGUGGCAUCUCUCUCUCUCUCUCUCUCUCUCUCUUUCUCUCUGUGUCUUUCUCUAUUUGGUGAAGCUUUUACCUUGAAUCUUUCUUCGUCUUUUGUGUCGUCCUCCUAGCUGCACAGUGUGCAUUUUAUGUGUUAUGUUAUCAACGCAUGCAUUCUUUGAAUAUCACUGAGAAAAGUGCUUAGAGAAUGGUACUUUCAACUCUAGCUUGGUGAGUCAAUGGAGAUGAGUGGCUUUAGGCCUGAACUGCAUGUAGCACAGCAAAGCCGGCGUGAUAAGUUGAGAGUUCCGCAACAAAGUUCAACCCCAUCUCACCAUUUAGAAGAUUUUCCUGACAAUUUGGAACAAAUACCAGUCGUCCACUCGAGGCUAAACCCAGAUCUUGUUCAAGUUCGGAAUGUUGACAAUGCCAAUUUGCUUUAUGACCCAGCUGUAUACUCCUCAGAUAUGAUCCAUUUUUCUUCGAAGUCAAAUGUUCGCCAAGAGAUAGAUGCAACUGACCCAUUUGCCAAUUCAUCUCACGCUCACCCAAUCUCCUCCAAUUUCAAUUCUUUACCUAAAGCCCCCGGUGAACCACGUAAUUGGAAAAGCCAUGGUGGUUCACAGCAAGGCUGUGAUUGGGCGGUGAAUUAUGCUAGUGGUUCGGUAGGUAGUGAAAGCAAUGUUGUUCCAAGCCCAGUGUUUUUCGGGGAAGUAAAUAACAUUUCUGGAUAUCCACACUAUUCGAAACCUAGUCAUUUCAAUGAGUUUCAAGAUGUCAGGUCGUCUUUCAAAAAUCCGUCCAGUACCCAAGAUAGACAAAAGCAUUUCACAUCUUCUUCUCCACUUUACCAAAAUAGUCUCCAAGAUGUUGUCACUUCAGCUUCUAACAGAACCCAGGGGUUAGAAAUGGUGUCACUUGUGCAGCACAAUUUGAGAGGAACUGGCCGUGCAUGGCCAGAGGGUGGGAACGAACUUGCUCUACUUCCAGCCUAUGGAAAUCAGUCAGACGUGUUGUGUUUUGAAAACGCUGGUGCUUGGCCAAAUAGACCAGUUGAGAAUUGGAGUGGUGGUGAAUUGGGUUUUGCUGCAAGAAAGAGUAGUGAUGAAGAAUUGAGAAAUGUUGUGAAUACUGAUUCCAAUCCUCAGGGUUUAUCACUCUCACUUUCAUCAAACCCAACUUCAAAACUGCCUCAGUUUGGAGAGGGAUCAUGUGGGUCAGGACCAAAGCCAUCUAUAAUUAGUAAAGGUAGUGGGAAAUCUCUUCAAGACAUAGUGGGGGUUUCUACUACUAACACUUAUAGAAACACUGGUCCUCUUGGCCCUUUCACAGGAUAUGCAACCAUUUUAAAGAGUUCAAAGUUCUUGAGGCCUGCACAGCUGUUAUUGGAUGAAUUUUGUGGUAUAAAGAGUGGUUUAAAACUCUUGAAACCAUGUGAGGUGUCUGAGAGGAUGUCUAGCGAGGUUAGCACCUCAGGUGAUGCUAUGAAUGCUACUGAAACUGAGGUUGGUGCAAUGGGUAACAAUUCAGGUGGAUCUUCCUCCACAUUUUAUAGUUCAAAUGAAAUUAGUGGUGAUGGUGGAGUUGGGAGUAGCUCUUGUGAAUCUUUUCGGCCUGACUACCAACAAAAGAAGGCAAAGCUUCUAUAUAUGCAGGAGGAGGUAUGCAGAAGGUACAAGCAAUAUCAUCAGCAAAUGCAGAUGGUAGUUUCAUCCUUUGAAACAGUAGCAGGUCUAAGUUCUGCCACUCCUUACAUAUCCUUGGCUCUGAAGUCAGUCUCUAGGCACUUUCGGUCUCUAAAGAAUGCUAUCUCAGACCAGCUUAAGCAUAUAAGAAGAACUCUCGGGGAGGAUUUGUCAUCACCGACAACUGGUACGAGCAGUAGUAAAGUUGAUACAAGUACGUCGAGGCUGAAGUACUUGGACCAGAGCUUGCAAAGGCACAAAUAUGGUGGGGGCAAUGUGGGGUUCCUUGAAACCCAACAUGUCUGGAGGCCCCAGAGAGGCCUACCAGAACGUUCGGUCGCUAUUCUUAGAGCCUGGCUAUUUGAACAUUUUCUUCACCCGUACCCCACGGACACAGACAAGCACAUGUUAGCCACUCAAACAGGUCUUUCUCGAAACCAGGUGUCGAACUGGUUCAUAAAUGCCCGCGUGCGUGUUUGGAAACCAAUGGUCGAAGAAAUACACAUGCUCGAAACUAAAGGUGUGGCAGAAGCCAACCAAAAUUCCAACAAGAAUGGUGGAAACUCAGCUGCUGAAGGUAGCCGUGACCAACUCCCUAACAAUCUAAGCAUUAAUGCAAUGCACAAUAAGCAGAUGGAAUGCUUAGGUAUGGAGUCCUCACUGAGCACUGGACAUGGACUUGAUGCAGAGCAGUGGAAUCAAGAGAAGCGUUCGAGAAUGGAUUGUCAGAUUCCAACAAACAUGGAUGGGUCAUCAUUGAUGGGUUUUGUCCCAUACCAGCGAGGUGGCCUCGAGAUUGGGGGACUUGGAGUUGGAGCUGUUUCCCUUACAUUGGGUCUCAGGCAUGGUGCAGAAAAUGCACAGCAUCAGCAUCAGCAUCAGCACCAGCACCAGCACCAGCACCAGCACCAGUUGCAGCAACAGGAGGAUCAGCUUAGGCAGCAAUUUGGAGGGCAGAUGAUUCAUGAUUUUGUGGGCUGAUUUAUAUAAUGCUUGUUGCCAGCAGCAUUGGAAGUGAAUAAAGGGAGAAGACACGGCUCCUUACUGCCACCAUGUUUCAUUAUGCAUUGGCCUCUCUGAAGUUGUGUAUAUUGACAAAUAGAUGAUUUCUUAAAGGAGUCAUCCAUUGUUAGUAGAUCCUGCAUAGGGGAUGCGUGAUGGUGAGAGACCAUUCAUCCUUGUAAUGUGGCUUGAAUCGCCUGAUAUCAUAUUUGUAAUCUUUUAAGAUGAUAUGCUAUAUAUUUUCCACAGUCCACUACUAA